AUGGACUCCUACGACGGCCAACCAUCUCCUGGGAGAGGCCGGGAGAGUGACGCCUACCGCCGCCGGUCACCUGGUAAGAUAACCAUCGCCGACCGGACCGAAUUGAUUGUUGUUAUUGACACUGAUGAAAAAGAAAAAGGUAUUUCUGAAGACCGCCGGCGCGGUGGUACCGGACGCGGCCGCUCGCGAUCGCCUCCCAUGAUCGACCGAUACGAACCCACUCGUGCUAGAGACGACUACCACGGUCCUGGCCGUGAAUACACACCCCGAGAUCGCGACGACCGCCGCCGUCCUCCUUCUCCUGCUGCUGCCAACAUCGAUCGCUAUGUGCCGGGCCAAGACCAUGGCAAGCGCGUUGUUCCGACAAACCCGCUUCCAAAUCCAAUGACCCUUGAUUUUCAGGUCGGUUUCACUUGGUUUGCGGAAUGGUGGAGGGCAGAGCAGUCAAUCAAGGAAGAAAAAGAGCGUGCAAAGCAUGGGGGUCGCCAUCCGUCAGACCGUGUCAAGGGCGAGAAAGAAGCGCGCGAGGACCGCGACAGGGAGAGGGCGCUCAUUCAAGAGGCCUAUGAUUCUUACAAGGCGGAAUUACAGGUGAAGAUGUCGCGGACAUUUGUCAAGCAGCAUCAGGGCGAAGAGUGGUUCCGAGAGCGAUAUGUCCCUGAAGUAAGGAAUCAACUGCGACGACGUUUGCUGGACUUUCGUCGUGGCACUUAUGACCAAUGGGAACGGGACAUGGACUCUGGCGUCUUUGACGAGUUUACCUUGGAGGGCAUCUACAAAAGCGAGAGCGACGGGGCAGGCGGUGUGAUUGAAAAGGAGGAAGGCGAGGCCACAGCAGUAGGCGAGACCCUCGGUGUCCUCGAUCUUCUACCUGCGCGCGGAGCCGAGCUUCGUGACGAAUCCUCGUCACAGCCUGCUUUGUUGAUCAAGACCUUGGCUCCGAAUGUCAGCCGGAGCAACAUCGAGGAAUUCUGCAAAGAGCAUCUCGGCGAGUCAGAUGGCGGGUUCAAAUGGCUAAGCUUGAGCGAUCCUAACCCAUCCAAAAAGUUUCACCGCAUGGGAUGGAUCAUGCUCCAUCCAGCAGAAGAAGAACCUUCCUUUGUCGACCGCGGCGAUGGUCGCGAUGAAGAAGGGGCAGAAAUCGAAACAGUGAAUGGAACGGGCAAUUCGACAUCCACGGCGCAAAAGGCUGCGGAGGCUGUCAAUGACAAGACGAUUCAGGACCCAGUUCAUGGAGACUUUGUCUGUCACGUUGGUGUACAUGUACCCCCAUCUCAGCCCCGCAAGAAAGCUCUUUGGGAUCUUUUCUCUUCUCCCGAGCGUAUUGAACGUGAUGUGGAACUCGCCCGUCGUCUUGUUGUCAAGCUUGACUCGGAAAUGGGCGAGGUUGAUGGCUAUGCUAAAAUCGAGGCGCGCGUUGAGGACCUUCAUUCAAGGGGCCUGUUGCAACCUGUAGCCAACCCAGAGAAUGCAAAGAAAAGAAAGGACUCGGAUGCCAUGAUUGAAGAAGGAGAAGAGGCAGAGGAGGGAGAGGAAACGGAAGGUGUCGAUGAAGAAGUGGAUGACGAAGAUCUCAUCAUCAAGAAGAAAAAAGUGGAUUUGAUGGUCGAAUAUCUUCGCCGUGUCUACAACUUUUGCUUCUUCUGUGUGUUUGAGAGCGACUCGGUUCACGAGCUUGUUCGAAAGUGUCCUGGUGGCCAUCUUCGCCGACCAAGGUCCGGUCUGAGUAACCAGGCCAAGGAAGUUGCCAGAGCCAGUGCCAUGGGGCUGCCUUUCCCAGUCAAAAAGAAGGAGACGGCGCCGGCAGCGGUGUUGGAAGAAGGCGAGGAAGAAUCCCCAGUCGAAGAAAAACGACCGCAGAAACUGUCAAAAUCAGAACAACAAUUGCAACGCGCUUUCAAUUGGGUAAAAACCUUUGAAGAUAAACUGCUUCAGAUAUUGGAGCCGGAGAAUGUCGACAUCUCGAAACUGGGCGGGCAGCCAGUGGACGAGGCCCUGGAGGAGGAAUUGGUGAAAAACGUCAAGCAGGAAGACGAGUCCAAGUUCCGGUGCAAAGUGCCUGACUGCAAUAAGCUGUUCAAGGCGGACCACUUUUGGCGCAAGCACGUUGAGAAAAGGCAUGAAGACUGGUACGAGAAUAUCAAGAACGAGCUCACGCUGGUCAAUGCAUACGUCUUGGACCCUUCGCACAUUGCACCAUCGCGAUCCGAUGCCAACAGCAACGGCCAUUUCCCACUGGCUGGGAACCACAUGACGCCAGGCACGCCACGCGGAUUCAACCUUGCCAACAUGCCACCGUACUUUAACGGCGGGAAUGUCCCUGGUAACUUCCAGGGCAUGCCCAGCGGCAAUUUCGGAGGCUUCAUGGGCGUCAACCAACCCGGCUUCAAUGGCCUCAUGGCCGGCGAUGGCUCAGGCAUGCACGGCGGCCACCACCAACCAGGCGCUAUGCGUCGCGGCGGCGGACGAUAUAGCCACCGUUCAGGUCCAUACGAUCGACGCGGAGGCGGUAAUCGCGGCGGCGGCGGCGGCAACUAUGGCCGUCUCAGCCCGAUCAGAGGAGGUAUCCCGAGUAUGCUUGGCUCUGGCGGUCGGAUGCAAGCCGGCGGAGGAAACAUCCCAUAUAUCCCACACGGCCAUCCUGCAGCCGCAGCCCUGUUUUCUUCACAAGGUGGUGGUGGUCCCGGAUUCCCAGAUGGCGGAAGCGGGCAACAGGCCAUGGGUCCGAGGGAGGCAGUCCAAGGACGUAGUCUGAAAAGCUAUGAAGAUUUGGACGCAGUUGGGAAUUCGGGAAGCGGGGAGUUGAAUUAUUGA